AUUGAUUUAUUCAGUUGGUAUUAACGCCAUCUAUUGGUAAAGUUGUGAAUAUUUUUAAUAUUGACAUAGUAAGACUUGAAGUAGUAACGAAUGAAUUUAUGACAAUGACAAGUGACAAUGACAUUUUCCUUGAGUCAGUAGUUUGGCAGGUUGGGGGGUGUCAGUUCGAACGACACUUGCCGCCCGACAGCCAACCGCGCUAGUUGUGCGCACUGAUUCUUUUUAUUAUUUUACGAUCAUGGCGGACGUUGAAAUUAAUCGCGAGGAAUCUCCGAAAGCAGCGGUGGGAUCUGACCAUCAUUCCUCCAGUGUACUUAACCGACACCCUGCUACUACGAGCGAGACAUAUUUCCGAGAAUCGGCGAACCAAUCCGCCGAAUCAAACUGCGACGAACAAUCUACGCCACGAGGCACCGAAAACCGUAACGUGCCUAAUAAUAGUGCUUUUCCUAAUGUGCCUCCUGAGAUGUGGGCUUCGUUUUUCCGUGGAAUGGCGGAGACUUUUCACAAUAACGAAAACCAAACUUCAAACUCCAAACCACCUGUGAAGAAGAUGAAACCCACUGAAGUGUACAUUCCGUCGUUCGAUCCUGACGAUUGCGAGUUUACGGCGGCGCAAUGGUGUGCCGAAAUCGACCACCACCGGACACAGAACUCAUGGACGGAUUAUGAGACGAGAAAUGCUGCCUUUACGCAUCUACGCGGCCGAGCACGCAAGUGGGCGUCCAAAUCCUAUCCCUUGUGCAAUACGUGGGAUGAAGCGAAGGAGCGGCUAACAAGACAAUUUGCCUCCACUAAGCGUUUCCACGACCUUUUCCGGGACAUGGUGCAGUAUACGAGUGACCGCGCCGCUAGCUACGUGGAAUACUCCACCAACAAGCUGGCGAUGAUCGAUCGACUGGAGACAGCGUGGAGCGAGGUGAACAAGAUCGAAGUCGUCAUAUCAGGUAUCUCUGAGAAUCAGGGGAACUCUCAGACGGUCGUAACAAAAAUCCACCGAGAAUCAACGCGUUGGUUAAUGAGUAUGAAAAGCUGGACCUGUUCGACAUCAGACGUGACGUCAAGGUCAGGAUGGACGAGACGACAAAGCUCGGGAGCAUAUCUGGAGGACGUGCGCAACAUGUGUGUCAUAAAAAGCUAA